CCUUCGAACUCCAAACCAGUAACCCAUAAAUCUCUCUCCCUUUUUCAACAUGGGAGACAAUAGGGAGCCCUUGAUAACCCGAAACAACAACAACAACAACGACAACAACAAAAACAAAUUUGCACGGUGCAUUUCAAAUGCACAGGACGAGUUACACAGCUUCAGAUCCUAUCUCCGAUGGAUGUGCGUGGACCAAUCGAACGUGUGGAGAGCUUGUCUGUCUUGGUCCAUGUUCAUCCUCUUCGCCAUCGUCGUCCCCGCCAUCUCUCAUUUCGUUCUCGCUUGCUCCACCUGCGACAGCAAGCACGCCAGGCCUUACGACGCUGUCGUUCAGCUCUCGCUCAGCAGCGUCGCCACCUUGUCGUUCGUGUGCCUCUCAACUUUCGUCAGGAAGUUCGGGCUUCGGAGGUUCUUGUUCUUCGAUAAACUCGUUGAUGAGAGCGAGACGGUGCGAAGUGGUUACACCGAACAACUCAAUAGAUCACUGAAAAUCCUAUCAGUCUUUGUCAUCCCUUGCUUUGUGGCUGAGAGUGCAUACAAGAUAUGGUGGUACGCAUCUGGGGCCUCACAAAUUCCCUUCUUGGGAAAUGUUUACGUGAGCGACGCAGUAGCAUGCAUAAUGGAGAUCUGCUCGUGGCUCUAUCGCAUUACCGUUGUUUUCCUGGUGUGCAUCCUGUUCCGUCUGAUCUGCUACCUCCAGAUCCUACGGCUACACGACUUCGCAUCAAUAUUCCAUCAGGAUACUGACGUGGGGCCCGUGCUGUCCGAACACCUUAGGAUCAGAAGACAUCUACGGAUCAUAAGCCAUAGGUACCGUGCGUUCAUAUUGUUGCUCCUGGUCCUUGUCACUGGCAGUCAACUUGCUUCGUUGCUCAUCACAACCAAGAGUGGUGCUGAGGUUAGUCUAUAUACAGCUGGAGAACUUGCGCUAUGCUCCAUGACUCUCCUAGCUGGGCUCUUGAUAUUAUUGAGGAGUGCAACAAAGAUCACACACAAGGCACAAUCAGUCACAUGCCUUGCUGCCAAGUGGCACGUUUGCUCCACUGUAGACACUUUUGAUGUUGCUGAUGGUGAGAGUACUCCAUCAGCUCAGAUUGCCUAUGCUCGGCAGUUUACUAUGGGUGCCCGGGAAGAAUCGGACGGUGACGAAGCCGGUGAUGAGGAAGAUGACCUAGAUAACAACAAGUUGAUACCAUCUUAUGCCUAUAGUACCAUAUCAUUUCAAAAAAGACAAGCUCUAGUGACGUAUUUUGAGAAUAAUAGAGCAGGGAUUACGGUGUAUGGGUUCACAUUGGACAGGACUACACUCCACACCAUAUUUGGUAUUGAAUUAUCUUUGGUUCUCUGGUUGCUUGGAAAGACCAUUGGUAUUUCUUGAAAAAUAUCUACAACAACAAAACAUAUACUUUGGAAUACACUGUUCUUGAUUCUCCCCUUUGAGGGUGAGAACCAUAUAAAUGUGACGGUCUCAUGAGACCAUCCUCUUAUAGUAA